ACUGGAGAUAAGAUCGUUAAGACUGAACUGACCGUGUUUGCAAGAAGCAGCUGCCUCAGGGACACUUCCCCAUGUGUAUCAUCUUCUUUAAGUUCGAUCCUCGCCCUGUUUCCAAAAAUGCAUACAGACUCAUCCUAGCAGCAAAUAGAGAUGAAUUCUACCAUCGACCAUCCAAACUGGCCGACUUCUGGGGCAACAACAAUGAGAUCCUUAGUGGUCUCGAUAUGGAAGAAGGUAAAGAAGGAGGGUCAUGGCUUGGAAUCAGUAAGAAAGGAAAGCUGGCCGCCCUGACCAAUUACAUGCAGCCAAAGCUUGAUAAAGAGGCCAAAGGCAGAGGUGAGCUCGUAACCCACUUCCUAACCACUGACGUGGACAGCUUCUCCUACCUGAAGAAGAUCUCCUCAGAAGCACACCUGUAUAAUGGGUUCAACUUGAUAACUGCAGACUUAAACACCACCAAGGGAGAUAUAUUUUGCUACUACGGAAACCGAGGUGAGCAAGAGCCUAUCAUUUUAACACCGGUAAUGUCUCUUUGUCUUCCCAGCCAGUUGCCAGACCCUGCUAUUGAAGACCAGGGCAAGGACUAUAUCCUGCCCAUCCUGAAUAAAUACUCAGCUGUGUGUGUACGCUGUCCAGGAUACGGCACCAGAACAAACACCAUUGUGCUCAUAGACGCCGAAGGGAAUGUCACUUUCACCGAGCGCAGUAUGAUCGAUGAGGACGUCAACCAAUGGAAGACCAACACCUACAAUUUCCAGCUGCAGAGCGAAUAACUUUGCAUCUGAAUAGGCGCCCAUGAAAGAAACUAAAAGAAAGCGGGCGAGAGAGCCACCCCUGAGACCACCUUGUACAAAUCCCAGAGCUAGGGGCCCACGGCAGCCAGCCUCCGCACAGUCCCCAAGAGAGAGUAUUCCAAGUCAGAAUUUGCCCUGAGUUCCCAAAAUGUAUUUAUUUCCUCCUAGUAUUCCUCCGAGAUGUCCAGUGCUACCCUGCUUUGUAGAUGGUGCCGGUGGAGAUCAGCCGAUUGGCACCUCGUCAGCUGGUCACUCGCUUUAGACGAGGCUACGCAAAUGGAAUCCUAACUUUAUCAGAGAAUCUAUUCAGCAGUACUGUAGCCCCCUACACUCAUCACCCCCUACAGGGUCUUCUGUGAACAUAAAGAAGGGAGAAGCAGCCGAAGGGGCAGCCAUGUUUUCCAGACCAGACUUUCCCUCCUAAUACAGUUUUCCACUUGGCUUAACUACUGGCUUACCCUGAUCUUUUUUUUUUUUAAUUAAAUCAAAACCGUAGGAAACCUUUGGGUGAAAACAACACAGUUUCACUCACUUGUUUCAGAUGGGCCCCUUGGUAUCCUUUAGUCACGGACAAUAAACUUCAAAUGAAGUCGAUGUAAGAUCCCAAGGAAAGGCAGUUCUGAAAACGCAAGCGAACGUAUGAAAAACACCUGCUCCCAAGACAGCGGCGCGUCGGGCCGAGGACUGGGAGAGAGGAAGGCACUGCUCGGCACAUCUGAAGUCGGUUCUAGUUCUGAGCUCCCUCUGCGACUCUCGCUGCACAGUGUAGAUGCUUAAAGUCAGAGCCAGUCAGUUCGGUCACUGGAGGCUCUCCAGGGAAAUAGCAGCGGCCAGGGCUCGCUGGCCUCCUGUGCCCCUCACUCAUUUCCCAGGAGACAAAAAGUUAGUAGGCAUAGGCCUGUGCGAUCUGAAAAGCUGACAAUAAAAUGCUCAUUGAACAUGGAA